AUGACGACCCAAGUGCAAGCACUGUAUGACUUCACGGGUGAGCCUGGCACUACUGAAAUGUCUAUAACCUGUGGUGAAAUACUUACAUUGUUAAAUACUGAAAUUGGUGAAGGAUGGUGGGAGGGAAGGAAUUCAAAAGGGGAAACUGGACUUUUUCCUGCAGCAUAUGUAAGAAAGCUUACACCAGAAGAUUCAGUGCCCACAAAAAUGGCACCAGCGGCACCCAGGUAUGAUCAAGCGGCAGACGAUUGGGGUGAACAACAGUAUAGUGCCGGUGACAAUAACUACCAGCGUACAACUUCAAAUGAUGAUGGUUGGGAUGAUGACUGGGAUGAUGAUACAUACUCAGAAAUUGGUCCAGGUGCCCAACACCAAAUCAAAGCAAACUUAAAUCAGCAACAACCUCUUACACCACUUCCAGGAAUGCCAAUCAAUGACUACAACCACCAUAUAGAUGAUACUGCUUCUAAUUUUGGUUCUAGUGUAGGUACAGUCAGGAAAAAUAAAUUUGCACCUUCUUCCAAAGUCAGUGGUGAAAGUUACCUUUUAGGUACAUUAAAUGUAGAAGUGCCAGAUCAUGAAAAAGUUUAUAUUAUACAAGAUGAGGAUGGUUAUGCUUGGUCUCCAAUAGCCCAGCCAUAUUCCGUGACUGUAGCUUCGCCAAAAAAGGAAUCAAAAUUCAAAGGAAUCAAAAGCUUCAUUGCAUAUCAGUUAACACCAUCAUUUAAUAAUAUACAAGUUUCCAGGAGGUAUAAGCAUUUUGAUUGGUUGCAUGAGAGAUUACAGGAGAAAUUUUCAUUAAUACCAAUACCUCCAUUGCCUGAUAAGCAGAUUUCAGGGCGGUAUGAUGAACAAUUGAUUGAACGUAGAAGAGUUCAACUUCAAGAGUUUGUGGACUGGAUGUGUAAACAUCCAGUGCUAUCUAAAUGUGAAGUUUGGCAACAUUUCCUUACCUGUACUGAUGAGAAACGCUGGAAGGCUGGUAAGCGACAAGCUGAAAGGGAUAACUUAUUAGGCCUUAAUUAUUGUAUAUCAUUAGUUGUACCUGAAAAAGCUUUACUGCAAUCACAAGUGGACCACAUCACAGAACAAUGUUACACAUUUAUAAGUAGCAUGGAUACAUCAGUCAAAUCUGUCACCAAUAUGUGUGUUGCACAAACCAAGAGGUUUCAAGGACCAUACAAAAGUGACUGCCAGAAAAUUGGAGAGGCCUUUUACAAUCUUGGCAAUGCUCUAAGCUUGGAUGAGGGAACAAUUGUAUCUACAUCAAAGCUUACUUCUGCGAUAAAGAUGACUGGUGGUGCCUAUAUUGAGAUUGGUAGAAUGUAUGAAGAGCAACCUAAAUAUGAUUUUGAGCCACUUGGUGACAAAUUCCAUUUAUAUAAAGGUAUUGUUGGUGGGUUUCCAGAAGUGUUAGCGAAUCACAAAGGAGCAGUUCAAAAGAAGAGAGAAUGUGAAAGAUUAACUGCAGAACAUAAAAUGGAGAUAGCACAACUGAAUGAAGUUUUAAGACGGACCGAUGUUAUAUCUUAUGCCUUACUUGCCGAAAUAAAUCACUUCAAAUCUGAGAGAACUAUAGACUUAAAAGCAACAAUGCAAAAGUUUCUAAAGCAGCAAAUAAACUUUUACAAGAGAGUAGUAGAUAAACUUGAAAACACAUUACAACAUUAUGAUGAUUAA